AUGAAGUUCGCCGCCGUUCUCCUUCCUCUCAUCUCCGCCGUCGUGGCUCUGCCCACCGGUGAGAUCACCGACAUGGAGGUCCGGGCCACCACAGCCGUGGUCGAUGAGAUUCUGUUCUCCAUCACCCUCCCCGCCUUCACCACACGCCGCAACGCCAAGAAUCCCGCCGAUGUGGACUGGUCCUCGGAUGGCUGCACCAGCUCCCCUGACAACCCGCUCGGCUUCAAGUACGAGCCUGCCUGCAACCGCCACGACUUUGGCUACCAGAACUACCGCCUCCAGAGCCGAUUCACCAAGGCCGCCAAGGCUAAGAUCGACAGCAACUUCCUGACCGAUCUUAAAUACCAGUGCAAGUCGGAGACCUUCAGUUCUCUGUGCAACGCCUUGGCCGAAGUCUACUACGCUGCGGUCCGAGCUUUCGGUGGUGAUGAUGCUACCAAGAGAAGCGAGGACCUGAUUGCCAUCUACGAGGAGAAGCUGGCCAUCUGGAACCAGAUGUAUGAGGAAGCCAAGAAGAACGGCGAGAUCCCCGCAUAA